UCCCCAAAUGGAUCAUAAUUUUUUAACUCGUCUACUGUCUAAUCAAAACCCUAGCCAGUGACCAUGAUAAUCACGACUGUUCAUCUCCGCUCAAAACCCCACUUUCCUUCCUAUUUCUAGAUCCCAUAUCUGCUCAAAACCCUAGCCAGUAACUACUGCAUUCUGGGAAUUAUAAUUUCUGUAAAAUCAUUUUUUUUUUCAAAAAUGGCUUUGUUCUCUCGUCUCCGAAUCCUGUCUCUUACCAGAAAUCAACGUCACUUCUCAACAAUCCUUUCCCCAGACUCCAAAACCCCUCUCUCUUCCAAAGAGAAAACAAGGGCCGCUCUUUCUCUUUUAAAAGUCGAAAACAAUCCUGAAAAAAUCGUCGAAAUCUGCAAGGCAGCCUCUCUAACACCAGAAACCCACUUGGACCGAAUUGUAUUCUCCGAGGCCAUUUCUAAGCUCUCUAAAUCCAAUAACUUCUCUUACAUCCGUCAAUUCCUUGACGACGUUCGCAGUUCCCGCCCUGAUCUACGCUCCUCUCAACGAUUCGCCGCCCACGCCAUCGUCCUCUAUGGCCAGGCCAACAUGAUUGACGACGCUAUUCGUACUUUCAAGGAGUAUCACACAGAUGUUAUUGGUUCUGGUAUUGGCUCAGUUAAGGCUUUGAAUGCUUUGCUAUUCGCUUGUAUUUUGGCUAAAAAUUAUAGUGAAGUGAAUAGAAUUUAUCUCGAGUUCCCAAAAAUUUAUAAUAUUGAGCCUAAUUAUGAUACUUAUAAUACGGUUAUCAAGGCCUUUUGUGAGUCUGGGAGUUCGAGUUCUGGUUAUUCUGUUUUAGCAGAAAUGAAUAGGAAGGGAGUGAAGCCAAAUGCGACUACUUUUGGGAAUUUGCUUGCUGGGUUUUAUAAAGAGGAGAAGUUUGAGGAUGUGGGGAAAGUAUUGGAAAUAAUGAAGCAGAAAUAUGGGAUUCGUCCAGGAGUUAGUACAUACAAUACUAGGAUUCAGAGUUUGUGUAAGCUUAAGAGGGCUACUGAGGCGAAAGCUCUACUUGAUGGGAUGUUGUCUAGGAAAAUUGAGCCAAAUUCUGUUACUUAUUGUCAUUUGAUUCAUGGGUUUUGCAGUGAAGGGAAUUUGGAGGAAGCAAAGAGAUUGUUUAAGAGCAUGGUUAAUCACGGCUGCCAACCAGAUUCUGAAUGUUAUUUUACUUUGUUAUAUUACUUGUGCAAAGGUGGGGAUUUUGAGACUGCAUUGACGAUUUGUAAGGAGAGUAUUGGGAAGGGAUGGGUCCCGUACUUUGGAAUUAUGAAGUCCCUGGUGAAUGGGCUUGCUGGUGUUGGGAAGGUGGAAGAGGCAAAAGGGCUUGUUGCGCAAAUGAAAAAGAGAUUUACAAAGAAUGUUCAACUGUGGGAUGAGAUUGAAGCUGGUUUGGCACAGUAGGCGGGGGCAUUUUAAGGUAUGUUUCGUAAUCAUUAGACCAUAAAGUUGGAAAAUCAGGGAAGAUGGCAUGAGAACAACAAAUCUACCAGUUCAGAGGAAAUAACAAUUUUGCAUUUACUUAAAUUGUUAAACAUUUGUUCGUUGACUGAAAAUGGUGUUUUGCUUUAGUGCUGCUGGUAUCCAUUUUCGGAUUGUUGAUCAUCUUAGAGGUUGCAAGCUUGUCUAAAUUUUCUGAAUUUGCCAUAUGUGCACAUCAUCAUGAUAUUAGGAGUAACUGAUUGUUUCACCAUGGUCCUGUCAUUAAAGUUAGGCAUCUGCUCAAUUUACUGUGAUUGACAAUUUAGGAAUUUUUGCACUGUAAUAGAUUACUCAUUUGAAUAUGAAAGUCUGCACAGAGCAUCUUAUGCUAUCAGGGUCUGCCUUUGAUUUUUGCACUGUGGUCCAGUAGUCCAUUGACCAAGAAGCUUUUUUGCUAGUGGGCUAGUGCUAUUUGUCAAGGUAUUCACAUUGAUAUUAGGUGACCAUUGAAUUGUGAGACGUUAUUAUGGAUUGAACUCCUUAAGAUUUAAGUAUCAAGCUUGGUAAUAUACUAGAGGUAUGUUUGGGCGAGUAAUGCUUGAGUUUAAUGUUUAUAAACCGUUGGAACUCGGUUGCAAGGAAUAAAGUCGUUCUUAAACAUUAGCCUUAUGGUUUUUCUGUGAUUUGUUCAAUGGGAUCUUCCUAUGAGAUGUUUUUAAAA